AUGCGCUGGGCAAGGCCCUUCCCCUUGCGUUCUAGCGAGAGCCGCACGGACUCUGCUGCCUGCAGCAGCAGCAGCAGCAACAGCAGCAACAGCAGCAGCAACAGCAGCAGAAGCGGCAUGGAGCUUGCGGACAGCACCGUGACGCAGACAGAAAAGCAGCAGCAGCGGCAGCAGCACCAGCAGCAGCAGCGGCAGCAGCACCAGCAGCAGCAGCCGCAAGAGUCUCAGCAGCCUGUGGCAACUCUUGUUUCUCUCUAUCCCUGCUGCAGCUUUGCAGCAGCAGCAAGAGCCGCGUUCCGCUGGGCCUGUGGGCGGCGCCUGUCACAGCAGCAGCAACAGCAGCAACAGCAGCAGCAGCAACAGCAGCAGCAGCAGCAGCAAACGAGGCAGCCUAAUGAGCAGAAAUAA